AUGUCGAAGUCAUGGCCUGCGGGUGUGACCGCACCACUCACGGUGGACAAUGCCCAUAACCACAGCGGACUUAUCGUUGUCCUUACUGCGUUUGCUCUGGUUCUGUUCAUUGUUGCCCUUGCAGCGCGGGUCUACUCAUCGUCUCAGAAAGCCAAUCUGCAGCCAGACGAUUACGCAUUCGCCGCUCUCGUGACAGCAGCUUUCAUUCAGGUCUCUUUAGUGUUCGGUCAGGUCCAUUAUGGGUGGGGAACUCAAAUGGAGACCAUCGAUACCGGGAGCAAGAAGCAAAUGCUCAAGCUAGGAUAUGCGGCCGAUAUUUUCGCCGUCAUCACUCUGGGUUUCUCCAAGGUGACCACUUGCUUGUUCUAUGAAGGACUUUUUUCCCAGAUGCAGCGCCGAUUUGUCCGUGCCAUCCUUCUGGGCGUCAUUGUGUGGACCUUCGUCUCGGUGUUGCUAUUGGCAAUUCGAUGUACCUCCCAGCCUUGGUACGAUAUAGAUUCGACUCAAUGUGGUGGAUUGCUGGCCCGCUGGGAAGCCGUCACCGUCAUUGACAUUCUGACCGAGACUUUACUGCUCAUUUAUGCCGGACUUGCAAUCAGUAAAGUCAAAAUCUCAACCAAGAAAAGAAUCAUUGUGUUUUUCGCUCUGGAGAGUAGAAUUAUCCUCAUCCCUACAGCCGCUGUCCGUCUCCACCUCAUCAAGAUGCAGCUUCAAUCAACAGAUCCCACUCUAUCCGGGUCCUAUGCCACAUCCAUCACCGAGAUAUACCUGGCUUUGAGUGUGACCUGCCUUUUAACGGCGUUCGCGAAAUCAUUCAUUGCGGUGUACGAGGACGAAAAUGGGAUCUCAUACAGGUAUAGGGAGCCUACUACCAAGUCGGAUUCAAAGGGGACUUCUGGUCUGGGAUCUCGAUCGGGAAUGACCCGAUCGAAGGAUACGGUCAGUCGGCGCUUUUCUCGCCGCGGAGACAGAAGUGAGCACCUUCAAGGAUGGGAGCGUGAGGAGGAUCCUAUCAUUGGUCAGUCGGAUUCAGGGCAAGGUCUCCAAAUCCUCAAAACGGUGCAGUUGAGCGUGAGGAAUGAGUCUAUAGAGCUGUCGGAGCGAGGGGGUUCUUCUUUAUAG